GGAGCUGUGUGUGUUUCUUCUGGCAUCUUCCUCCCUCUGUGAGCUGUAUACUCAGCUUGGGGCAAAGGUAUGUCAUUUCCUUUUUUUUGUUUUGGAGCAGAACUUGUUUGUCUAGGUUGUCACGCAGAGGUACCAAUGCUUUGCCGACGCCACACAACAAGAUAAGGAACAUUAUUCAGUGCUGCCACCGAAUCAGCCCUGAAGUUUUGUAUUUAUUUAAAACACAGGUAUGACAUUCUUUAAUCCGGCGUUCAAGGUGGCGUCGGUUUAGAUGAAGAAAAAGACAAACAGUUUUGAACUUUGACCGGUCGAGGCUGUGCCAUCGGUUCACCGUGAUUGGAAUUCAGAGCAGGAACUGGAAUGUUUAUGUGCAGUUGAACGUGAUGAGGGACUGAGCUGGGAGUGAAAACCAGAAAGAGGGAGAGACAUAGGAGACAGAGUGGGUGGGACUUUGCCUGAGUCAGGACGCUGACACGCUGUAUGGAGCAAUUUUUACAUGACUCACAGUUCUCAGCAGCUUCAGUAUCAUGUAAGAGCUGGAAUACACUCCUCAGAGGGAAUCACACAGAGUGGGUCACCAAACACAGCCACAAACAAAGUGAAACCAAAGGUGUCCUCUCUGCUCACCUGUGGCCGGUGUGCAGUUUAUUCCUGGAUACUGCCAAGUUAAUCUCUGAACUGUAAAGUCAUGAAGCAGAGGAAGACACUGGACUUGUUCAUCAAGAUGUUAAACUCGCUCCUGGGGAAAGAAAUGCUGUAAAACUCAAAUCUGUCUGAGUGUCCCGAGGCAGAAUGUUUCUCCGGGGGUGGUGGAUUUGGUGGGUUUUACUGACCCUCAGCCCGUCGACCUGCGGUUUGGAGAUCUCUGGAUAUGAAAGUGAUGAAGUCAUUUGCUCUCAGGGUCUCUCUGAUUGCACCAUGAAGGAUGAGAUAAUCCUUCUGGCCGAGAAUGAUGGUGUGGACGUUCAAAACCUAACAGCAAACUUCAACCUCUGCUCAGACACCAAGGAGACAUGUGCAUUAUGUUUGGUGAUAGACACAGAGUUUCACAUCCACCUGGAUAAGAACAUGGAGGACGAAGGCCCCUCUGGGAACAAUGAGGAGGACGACAGUGAGGAGGCGAGGAAGCCAAAGGCUUCUCUGACAGUGUGCUAUCAAACAGCGUCUACCAUGCCCACAUGCAAGAAGGCGGAGUUUUCUGUCAAUCAAACAGCGGUUACUCAGCACAACAGGGCAAAGGUUUCCAUGGUGAUUACUAAACCAGCCGGGCUUUCCUUCAGCAGCAAAGUGAUUGUAUAUCCUUCUAGUUUACUGCAUCUAACUCAACGGGUUGUUGUUCCUUCUCUAGAAAAAGUGUGUUCCCUGGAGCUGAAGAAAUGUGUAGAAGAGUGUCAAGUGCCCGAGCUCAGCAUUGUAAUCCCCAAGGAGAAGAAUCACGUGGAGCUGCAGUUUGAUGGCAAAAAUAAUAGCAGCCUGUCCGUGUGCAUCCAACAUGAGCACAAUGGGAUUUGUCAGAGCUGGGAGAGGAAGACCAUCCCCCUCUACUCUGUGACCCACUGCAUGUGUCUUAAGACAUGGUAUGAUCAGAACUUUGUGCGCUCUCGAAGAUGCCCCUUUGCAAACAUGGAUUUCUCUCAGAGGAACGUGUGGCAGAACGUGUCAGUGUCUGUAGGCCAGGGUCAAACCAACCAGCAUUGCGAACUGCUGCUGUGGAACCUGUCUGCCCCCUGCAGGCUGGAGGGUGAGGUGUGGCCCUGUCGCAAGGAGGGCAGCAGCUGCAGGGAGAUAAGGGGCCUCAGACAACAGCUGGCAAAUAAAAAGUGGAGACAAAACCGCAAAGGACUCUGGGAGGAAACAGGGUAUUUUGAAGACGUCGACCUUCAGCUGUCUCCAUGUGUUAUGGUGAAAGUAAAGGGAAUGGGACAUGAGCUGGGUCCUUUCUGUUUUAAAAACACUGACAGGUGGCGCUGGGGUCUCCUGGUUGUCUUUGUCAUGUUGCUGUUUUGCUUCGCUAUGCUUGUGUUCUUUAUACUUCACAGCUUUGUCAAGAAAUGGGUGUGGAGCUGGCAUCAUGGUGGAUUUGUGAAGAUUGGCAGAGAGGGCCGCGUGCUGCUGCUGAGCCCCCCAGAUGUGGAUGAUGGUGUUUCUGAGUCAGUUUGUGGACUUGGCUCUUUGCUCUGCAAGCAAGGGUUCAAUGUGUCCGUGGACCAGUGGAGCAGGAAGGAGCAGUGCGCUCUGGGACCUCUGCCUUGGCUGCACUCUCAGCUACUGAAGCUAAACACCCAGGGGGACCGAGUUGUGGUCGUUUUGAACAAGAAAGCCCAAGAGAGAACGGAGGAAUGGGUGCAUAAACAUAAGAGGGUUAUCACGAAAAAGAUGGCAGACGAGGGCCUUCCUCAGAUAUGGUCCCCUUACUCUGAUGUGUUCACAGCCUCUCUGUGCCUCAUUCAAGCGGACAAGCAGCAGGGCAGGAAUGGAGAACGUUUCCUUCUGGUGAAAUUUGACUCAAGUCCAAGCAGCGACAGGAACCUACCAGAGCUGCUUCAGGGGCUGCCUCUGUUCCAGCUUCCCCCUCAGACCCAGGCCCUACUAACUGAACUACGUCUGGGCAGGACAGGGAGGACAUCAGGUGGAAAAAUAUGGACAGGAUGGAAAUGGGGAGGAUCAGAUGGAUGGAGCGCAAAGACUAAAGAGGGAUCAGACCAGCACAAGACCUCACUAUGUAAAUAUAUUGGAGUUGAUACAAACUUGGAGACAAUUCCUUUAAAGUUCCCUUGAAUGUCAAGAAGGACAUGUGCAUCUAAGUCAUGAAACAAAGAUCAGACACUCUGAAAGGUGGACAAUAAUCUAUAUUGUUAACAAAUUCCAUUAAGACCAAAAUCCACAUUUAGCGUGUGAUUCUAUCCCUGAAUACUUUGCAGACCCUCUAAGUCCAUGUACAAUGUUAAAGUUCCCAUAUGCGACACUUUCCCUUUGUUUUGUUUGACGUUUUGAUAUCCAUCCAAAAAUAAGUUUUAAUCAUCGAAAAAGUCUGACUUGCAAGAACAGGUGUUUUCUAAGUGACUCAUGGCCAGACCAAUAAAAGCAAAAAUUUGAAAAUUUGAAACUUAAAACAGUAAGAUAAAAGUAAUCCAAGUGGAAGAAUCAGUGGAAGAAAUGUGUUAUAUGCCUGCAGAGGCCAAAUGACUAACAAGUCUGUAUCAAUGAUUACAGAUUUCCAGUAAAUAUUUAGACAAACUAAAUCCUGAAAGGUUGGGCAGUGGAUUCAGGUGGAUACGCUGAGGACAGUGAGUUUUUUUAUGUGAUGUCAAAAAGUUACAGAAAUCAACAACACACUGAAAAGCUAUUUUUUUUUUUAAAUAAGUGUUGUCCAUUUCUCUGUGGGUUGAACUUGUUGAUAUUUUCCCAUGAUCUACAUGGCGACUAUAGACCUGCUUUAUUAUUCCAAAAGUAAAACGCAGAAAUCAAAAUUUGUACAACAUGGAGCCUUUAAUUUCCAAUGACAGCUGAGCACAGUAUUUUUAGCAAAUGUUUCUCAAACUGGAUGCUUAGUACAGUUUUCAGCUGAGGAUUUUUUAUUGCAGGACACGUUUGAUUGUCUCAAAACAAACUGGAAAAUGUCACCCAGUGUAACAACGUGGAUCACUAGUGACUUUUAACUUGUUUCUGGACAACAGAGACAUCAGGGAGGAAUAAAAAACAACAGUAACUUUGUUUAGGUCUUUUUUACUAAACGUUUUUGAUCAUGUGUCGGAUUUACAAAAUAUACUGAGACCUUUCCUUCAAGCUGCAAAUUGAUUAACUUUAACUCAACCUACAAGCCCACAGAGUAGAUAAAGAUUGUAAGAGCGUCCACACUUGUCUAUAAAUAUAUUGUCUAUAAAUAACGUUGCUUAUUUCAUCGUGUGCCAGAGCGCGGGCUGUGAUUGGCUGUCUUUAAACUCGCAUUUGAUUCUGGCAGCCAAGUUGAAGAGGAGCACUUGUUAUUUAUUACAUCACAUCUUGGCAGGGCGGUGCCGAGAAACGGCUGUAUGCUACGCUCGCUCGGGAUGUUUGAGGCUUUGAAUCAAACACAUUAUGUUGAAACUUUGACAGAACAGUCCCGAAUGAAGUCGACGCACUUGAAGGAGGUAAAUAAAACCAAUGACUUUAAAUACACUUCGAAGUUUUGUAUCCAGCUUGUUUACAGUUAGAGUUGUUUACAUUGUUAGAAUGACUGUGAUUAGAUGUGUCAGAAUGUGACUCAGUGUAUACAUGUUAUAUUUUCAUAAUAAAAGUUGAAUGAAACGAG